GCGGAAUCAUGGCGAGCCUGGGGUUGGAGGCUGAGCAGGAGCCGCUCUUGGGCGACCGCACACCCGGAAGCAGAUUUUAUUUACUUAUUCAUGAGAGACACACAGAGAGAGGCAGAGACAGAGGCAGAGGGAGGAGCAGGCUCCAUGCAGGGAGCCUGAUGCGGAACUCGAUCCCAGGACCCCGGGAUCACAUCCUGAGCCAAAGGCAGACACUCACCCACUGAGCCACCCACGCAUCCCUCUCUGAGAAUGGGAUAUUUUAGAAACUGAAGAGCAUUAUAAGAGCCGAUGGAGAUCUAUUAGGAUUCUAUAUCUUACUAUGUUUCUUAGCAGUGUAGGAUUUUCUAUUGUGAUAAUGUCAAUAUGGCCAUAUCUCCAAAAGAUUGAUCAGACAGCUGAUGCAAGUUUUUUGGGCUGGAUUAUUGCUUCAUUUAGUCUUGGCCAAAUGGUAGCUUCACCUGUAUUUGGUUUGUGGUCUAAUUAUAGACCAAGAAAAGAACCUCUUAUCAUCUCUCUCUCCAUUUCGGUCGCCGCUAACUGCCUCUACGCCUAUGUCCACGUUCCAGCCUCUCAUAACAAAUACUACAUGUUGGUUGCUCGCGGAUUGGUGGGAUUUGGAGCAGGAAAUGUAGCAGUGAUUCGAUCAUAUAUUGCUGGUGCUACUUCCCUUCAGGAAAGAACAAGUUCAAUGGCAAAUACUAGUGCAUGUCAAGCAUUAGGUUUUAUUCUAGGUCCAGUUUUUCAGACUUGUUUUGCACUCAUUGGAGAAAAGGGCGUGACAUGGGAUACCAUUAAACUACAGAUAAACAUGUAUACAGCACCAGUUUUACUUGGCGCAUUCCUGGGAGUUUUAAAUAUUAUUCUGAUCCUUAUUCUAUUAAGAGAACAUCAUGUGGAUGACUCAGGACGACAGUGUAAAAAUGUUAAUUUUGAAGAAGCAAGUACAGAUGAAGUUCAGGUUCUCCAAGGAAAUAUUGAUCAAGUUGCUGUUGUAGCCACUAAUAUUGUGUUUUUCGUGAUUCUAUUUAUCUUUGCCCUCUUUGAAACGAUUGUUACUCCAUUAACAAUGGAUAUGUAUGCCUGGACUAGAGAACAAGCUGUAUUAUAUGAUGGAAUAAUACUUGCUGCUCUUGGAGUUGAAGCGCUUAUUAUUUUCAUGGGGAUUAAAUUACUUUCCAAGAAGAUUGGCGAGCGUGCUAUUCUACUGGGAGGAUUCAUCGUUGUAUGGGUUGGCUUCUUUAUCUUGUUACCUUGGGGAAAUCACUUUCCCAAGAUACAGUGGGAAGAUCUACAUAAUAAUUCAAUUCCUAAUACCACAUUUGGGGAAAUUAUUAUUACUCUUUGGAAGUCUCCAAAAGAAGAUCACAAUGAAGGACCAACUGGUUGCCCAAUUGGACAAGCUUGGUGCUUCUACACCCCCAUGAUCCACCUGGCCCAGUUCCUCAUAUCAGCUGUGCUCAUUGGAAUAGGCUAUCCAUCCUGUAGUGUUAUGUCCUAUACAUUAUAUUCAAAAAUUUUGGGACCAAAACCUCAGGGUGUGUACAUGGGCUGGUUAACAGCUUCUGGAAGUGCAGCACGGAUUCUUGGACCUGUGUUCAUCAGCCAAGUGUACACUUCCUGGGGCCCACGAUGGGCAUUCAGCCUUGUGUGUGGAAUAGUGAUGCUUACCAUCAUACUCCUGGGUGUGGUUUACAGAAGGCUUGUUGCUUUUUCUGUAAGGCAUGGAAGGAUUCAAGAGUAACCUGACACAGGAUGCCUGGGUAGUUCAGUGGUUGGGUGUCUGCCUUUGGCUCAGGGCAUGAUCCCGGAGUCCUGGAAUCAAGUCCCACAUCGGGCUUCCUGCAUGGAGCCUGCUUCUCCCUCUACCUAUGUCUCUGCCUCUCUCUCUCUCUGUCUCUCAUGAAUGAAUGAAUAAGGUCUUAAAAAAAAAAAAAAAGUAACCUAACACUAUGAUGGAAAGUACUUGUUGUAUGGGACUUCCUCUUCCAAGGCUCUGCUAGAUCAUUAUUAUGAGUCAGUUUCCAAAAGUCAGGCUGCAAAUAUUGUAUAUUUUUAAUUACAAAAACAUAUAUUGAAUAAUACAGACAAUUCUAUAUGUAAUUGUGAACAGUGACCUAAUAUAAAAACACUGGUUCACAAUUUCCUUAUUUCAAAAAGAUAUUCUAUUAUCGCGUCUCUUUUGGGGUUGCAUGAACUCAUGAGUGAAUGGACAAUGGUUUAUAAAUAUGAAGUUGUACUCUUAGCCUGCAGAGGUGUCAUGAAAAUGAGAAAAUAUGCAGUGAAACCAUAAGGAGAGUUCUGUAUGAAUUAACUAUAACAAAAGAAUGAAAUUAUAGAAAUUACCUAAAUAGAAGUACCUAUGUUUGAAGAUACCUACUUUUUAUUUAUUAAAAAAAAAAAAAUGCAGCUUCUAUUUUCAGUUUUCCUAUGAAAUAAAAGUCGUGACUCUUAAAUUUUCUAUUUACCAGGGCCUGCCAUUCUCCCUGACAUUCUAUAAGUCAUUAUUUUUAAUACUACACCUUUUGUCCUAUUUUAGUUCACGAUCUCACUAAGUAACCCCUAAGUUAAUAGGUAAGCACAAAUAAUGCUAAUAUUUGAGCACUAAAGAGGAUUAAGAGAUCAAGAUGAAUUACACUACCUUUAAUAGGACUAAUUACAUUUUUCUUUCAGGUACUAAUUAUUCACUUUCGAAAUGUAAGUCAAGUGUGUUGCUAUUUAUUCAAAUUAUUGACAUUUUCAACUCCCUUAAAUUCUGGAGAAAAACUAUCACUUUAUUUACUUUUCCCAUCUUUUGGUAGUGACAAGGAAGACAUACAGUUUUUAGACUAUGUCUCCGUAGCUAUUCAGAACUGUAGAAUUUUAAAUUUGCAUGGGCCAUGACAGCCAUAAUCUAGUUAGGCUAAUAAAUAUUUGUGGUAAAAUUGCUUUACUGUAACAAUGUACUGAGUUUACUUGAAGUUGGCUAAAUCACACUAUGUAUACAUUUCUACCUCUAUGUAAGUUGAAUACUGAUAAGAGGAACUAGUAUAGAAUUAGGUAUACUGAUAAUCAAUAUUACCAAAAAAUACAAAAAUAUUUCUAAAUAUUUUCCAAAUGUUUCCUAUUCUAAGUUCUGUUUUCAAAUCUUAAAGUAAAUAAGUAAACACUAUAAUGUGCACUUUAUACUAUGUUUGCUAUACUCUCUCUUUCUUUCUUUUUUCUUUUAUUUUCUUUUUUUUUUCUUUUUGGCUUGACCAACAGAAAUUUAUUUCUCACAGUUCUGGAGGCUAGAACUCUAAGAUCGAGGUUGUCAUCAGGGUUGGUUUCUUUUGAGGUCUCCUUGGCUUGUAGAUAGAUAUCUUCUCCCUGUACCUUUUGUUUUUCCAGCUUUAUUGAGAUAUAAUUGACAUAUAACAUCGUGUAAGUUUAAGGUGUAUAAUGCAUUGAUUUGAUGAACUUACAUAUAGCAAAAAGAUUACCACCAUAGCAUUAGCUAAUACCUGUAUCCUAUCACAGAAUUAUCAUUUCUUUUUUUUGGUGAGAACAUUUAAGAGCUACUCUCUUAGCAACUUUAAAUUAUAUAAUACACUAUUAUUAAUUGUGAUCACCAUGUUGUACAGUAAAUCCCCAGAACUCACUUAAUAUAGGAAGUUCUCUGACCAACAUCUCCCCAUUUCCUCCACCCCCAAUCCCUGUUAACCAUCAUCCAACUCUCUGCCUCUAAUAGCUCAGCUCGUUUAGAUUUCACAUAUAAGUGAUAUCAUAUAGUAUAUGUCCCUGUCUUUGUCUUAUUUCACUUAGCAUAAUGACCUCAAGGUCCAUCCAUGUUGCCACAAAUGGAAGGAUCUCCUUUCUCAUGGCUGAUAAUAUUUCACUACAUACGCACAUCUUCCUUAUCUAUUCCUCUGUUGAUGGACAUCUAAGUGGUUUCCAUAUUUUGGCUUUGUGAAUAAUGCUGCAGUGAACAUGGGAGUGCAGAUAUCUCUUUGAAAUCCUGCCUCCUCCUUUGGAAAUAUACCCAUAAGAGGGAUUGCCACAUCAUAUGGUAGUUUUUAAUUUUUUGAGGAACCACCAUUCUGUUUUCACAGUGGCUACACCAAUUUACAUUUCCACCAACAGUGCACAAGGGCCCCCUUUUCUUCACUUCCUCAUCAAUACUUGCUAUUUCUUAUAUUCUUCAUAUUAGCCAUUGUCACUGGUGUUAAGUGACAUCUCAUUGUGGUUUUCAUUUGCAUUUCCUUGAGGAUUAGUUGAUCUGGAACAUCCUUUCAUAUAUCUGAUGACCAUAUGUAUGCCCUUUGGAAAAAUGUCUUUUCAGAUCCUUUGCCCAUUUUUUUUAAUCUUUUUUUUUUUUUUUAAGUAAGCUCUACACUCAGUGUGGCACUUGAACUCAUGACGCCAAAAUCAAGAAUCUAGUGCUCUAUGGACUGAGCUAGCCAGGUGCUCCUCCUCUGCCCAUUUUAAAAUCAGACUAUUUGGCUUUUUGUUAUUGAAAUUUGCCAUACUCAUAAAUCAAACUUCAGCUUUAAUAGAAAGCUUAAUCUGACAGAAAUCUUGAUUAAAUUUUAGAGAUUGUUUUUACUCGUCUUCAUCUCCCAUAGCAAGACUCUGCUUUGGUUAGACUUAUCAGAGCCAUAGCCAGGGGUUUCUGUCUGGUCAAGACCUGGGAUCUCUCUUCUUUUAUGUUCUGCAGCUCUUUCCUCAGUCUUACAUUUUUUGGGUUACUUCUAAUCCUAAAAAGUAAACACCCUUGGUUUAGAUAGUGUGUACAAUAGAAAAUAAUGGUGAUGAUGAAACUAAUAGUGAACAUUUAUAGAAUUCUUCCCAUAUUGCAGGCAAUAUGUAAUACAGAGUUUAGUUUUCACAGCAGUCUUAUGAAGCAAAGUUACUGUUAUGAUUCCCAUUUUACAGAUAAAAGAACAGGCACAGAGAAAUUAAGACAUUUGUCUAAUAAAUAUCUGUCUUUAGACUCCACACUCUAAACCACUAAAUUUGUUAGAGUGGGGAAAGUAGGCCAGAAAGUUGCAAGGCAGUUAAUUGCUUAUUUUAGUGUAAAUUACAUGUACUGGUGACUCCUGUUAGCAGAAAUAUUUGGAAAAUAUAAUAUGAAGUCCACUAAUUGAGGCUGUUAUCUUAGCAUAACAGACUGUUUCCAUCCAAGAAUAUGACAUAGAGAAGUUGCCCAACUUCCAAAGAUUUAUAAUAUCGAAUAAAAUUCAGCUAAACUAUAAUUUUACAAAAAUGACUAACAUCAAAAAAAAUGACUAACAUCUUUCUUUUUAUUGAGUGCUUUCUUUUCUGGAUUAUACCACCACACAUCUUGGCGCAGAAGAUGACAAGGAAAUGACAUAGGGUUGAGGAAAAGGCAGGGGGAUAAAGUUUCAGGAAAAAAUCACUAGUUGAGGUCUUGAGUGGGUCAAGUGGAUUAUAAAUUGGAAAAGAUGAUAGGUAUGAAAAGCUGCUGAAAAUAGUUUGUAUUUCAGAAAAAAUAAGUUUUUGAAAACCAAAACUUAAAGUGAUUUUUAUAUUUGAAGGGAUUUAUAACUUCACAAAGCAUCUCCAUGUUACCUUGCUAAGCUGGCCUACAUUUAAACUCUUCCAGUUAUCCUGCAUAAAGUGAAAUAAAUCUGUGUAUAAUAUUUGUUUGGGGGAAUAAGUAUAUACUGUUUAUCUGCAUCUGCUCAAAUUCUUGAGAUUAACUUAUUAUGAGAGGAUAUUUUUUGGUACCUUUUUCGACUACUGCAAAUUUAUUUGUAAUUUAAUGUAUUUUAACAUUGCGAAUGUACAUUUUCUAAUAAAAUUAUU